AUGCAGAACGUAAUGGAGUCGCAGCCCUUCGAAUACAUUGAAAUCACAGACCCGGUUCAUGUGGAAACUCACACCGAAAGGGCCGAAGAAGAUUACAUUCUUGUGAAGGCGAAAUCAUGUGAAAAUAUUCCCAUUAAAGACUGGAAUCCACCGGCAUACUGUUUCACGACUAGAUUCGAGAAGUAUGCAGAUCAAUUGUUGAACUUUGCGGUUAAGCCUGAUGAUGUUUGGGUGGCUUCAUAUCCCAAAAGUGGUACUACAUGGUGCCAGGAACUGGUGUGGCUUGUUUGUAAUGAUUUAAACUUUUCUGCUGCCAAGUCUGAAUCUCUCCGUACACGAUUCCCCUUUUUAGAUAUUAGCCUGAUACACGAUACAAUCGAUGGAGUUAGCUCAUUCGAAAAAACACGGAAUAAGUCAUCACCACGGUUCAUCAAAACGCAUUUACCGGUAUCGAUGCUACCGAAACAAUACUGGGAAGUUCUUCCAAAGACGGUUUACAUUAAUCGAAAUGUGAAAUCAGUUGCAGUAUCGUACUACCAUCAUUCGAAAAAUUUCUUCUACCGUGGCACGAAAGAAGAAUUUAUUAAGUCCUUUAUGAAAGAUUUACAAUUUUAUUCGCCCAUCCACACACAUGUAAUCGGUUAUCAUUCGCUGGAAAAUUGUAGCAACGUUUUGUUUCUAAAGUACGAAGAUAUGAAAUGCAAUUUGCCAGAGACAGUCGAAAAGGUCUGUCGUUUUUUCGGACGAUCCUACGAACAGGAUGAGCUGAACUUACUGUACGAACACCUGUCAUUUGAUGCGAUGAAAAAUAAUUUAGCGUGCAACUAUGAAGAUAGAAGCGAAGGUGAUUGGCAGAACAAGGAUCGUGAUGCAAGAUUUAUACGUAGAGGGCAGAUGGACAGUUGGAAGGAGGAGCUUUCCACGGAUCAGACCGAAGAAAUUGACCGCUGGACGUGUGAAUCUAUUAAGGACCACAAUCUGCUUGAUUUGUUUUUGUGA